AUGUCUUCUAUUUCAUUUCCUGGAGACUACACCGCUGAGGAUAUUGCAAAAUCUGCCAAAACAGCGUUCCAAGCAUCCCAAUUGAUUUCCUCCGCAGAAAGGGCUAAAGCGCUGCAUGAGAUUCGCAGAGAGCUGGAAGCCACGAAGGAUGAUAUUAUGGUAGCGAACAAGAAGGACCUCGAGGCCGCCCAAAUUGAAGUGGAAGCAGGGCGAAUGUCUAGCUCCUUGUUCAAGCGGCUUGACCUCGGGAAGGGUGAAAAGUGGGACUCGAUGCUUCAAGGUGUAACGGACGUUGCAAAUUUACCAGACCCCACCGGAAUCGUCACGUAUGCGUCUGAGUUGGACGACAGCCUGGAACUGUAUCGCGUGUCGUGUCCCAUCGGUCUGCUGCUGGUAAUCUUCGAGGCGCGUCCGGAAGUUGUCAUCAAUAUCGCUGCUCUGGCCAUUAAGUCUGGUAAUGCGGCCAUUCUGAAAGGAGGAAAAGAAUCAAAUGAGACUACCAGACUGCUGUCUAAAGUAAUUCAGACUGCGCUAUCGCGGACAUCCAUCUCGAGCACCUAUAUUCAAACUAUUCAAACGCGGGCAGAAGUGUCUGCAUUACUCGAAUUGGACCAAUACAUUGAUCUUGUGAUUCCUCGGGGCAGUAAUAGCCUUGUCCGCAACAUCCAAAACAAUACCAGAAUCCCAGUCAUGGGACACGCCGACGGUCUGUGCUCGGUCUAUUUAGACGAGUCCGCUGACAUUGGGAAGGCCAUGCGAGUUGUUUUGGACUCGAAGACAGAUUACCCCGCAGCCUGUAAUGCGGCCGAAACGUUGAUUGUACACGAGAACAUCUUAUCAACUGUCUGGCCAGCCGUCGCCAAGGCUCUCCUCGCUGCGGAAGUCAACCUCCUGUGUGAUACUCCGACCUUGACCGCUCUGAGUGCACUCUCCCCGGUCCCUACCAACUUUACGACGCACGUCCAACCCUCGACGCCAGAUGCAUACACGACAGAGCACCUUAGCCUCACGCUGUCCGUUCUAGCGAUCCCCUCGGUCGCGGACGCGAUCCGCUUCAUCAACGCGCACUCAUCGCACCACACCGAUUGCAUCGUCACGGAGGAUCCUGCAGCCGCGUCCGCCUUCUGCCGUGGGGUCGACUCUGCGGGCACCUUCGUGAACGCGAGCACGCGCUUUGCGGACGGGUUCCGCUACGGAUUCGGUACGGAGGUCGGAAUCAGCACCGGGCGCAUCCAUGCACGGGGACCGGUCGGCCUCGAAGGGCUUGUCACGUACAAAUACAUGCUUCGGAGCAAGGGCGAGAACGGCCACAUUGUAGGGGAGUUUGGUGCAGGGGAGGGCAAGAAGCAGUUCAAACAUACGAGACUCAGCGCAGAGACGGUGCCAUUUUUGACGGAGUGA